CCUUACGCUUAAUAUAACCGCUUGGAUUUCUAAUGAAAGCCACCUUAAAAAUAUAUAAAUGAAAGUUCACUAGAAAUACACUCCAGAAGAUUCGGAUUCUAAAGAUAUCACCCUCAUAUCGAUCUUCCGACGUUGCUUAACUCUGAACUUAUUUCUUCGCUGUUCAACGUUCGUUUUUUGCUUUUCUCUUGGAGGUUCCACUAUGGUAUUUUCGUCCAUUCUGAGAUGUCUGCUUUCAAAAUUUUAAACGACAAGUACAGGUGGCGUAUCUACAGACACCGCUGGAGAUACAUUUAAACUCAUUUAGGGCCGGUUUAUCAAUCUACUGUUAAGGUGUUUGUUAGUAUUAACUACUAGUUAAACUACAAAUUGCGUUUAUCAACCGUCUGGUAAAGUUUACCAAGCAGAUAAAUUUAUUUUAACCAUUAGAUUAGUAACUGGUACUUUUUGCAAGUUUUAAGUUACUGUUUACAGUAACAUGUAGCCGGAAAAGUGACGACUUUAUAUGAAUAAAUUUGCUUCUCGCGUAAAGUGGCGUAAACGUCAAACAAAAAUGGCUGUAAAUGAUGUCAAUAUAUUUUCAGAAAGUGAUAGUGAUGAAGAAUUAGUAAAUUAUGUAAAUAUAUUGUACAGAAGACCUUAUGUAGUUCGACAACGUCCAGAUCAUUUGCAGUUUUGGGACGAUGUUGAUUUUAUUAAUAGGUUUCGCUUAAGCAAAGAGACUGUACAAGAAUUGCUUGUAAAUAUUGAAAACAUAAUCCGUUUCCCCACUAAUAGAAAUCAUGUAAUUACUCCGUUACAGCAGCUUUUAAUAUGUUUACGCUUUUAUGCGAGUGGUAAUAUGCUCAUAACUGUUGGAGACUUUGCUGGAGUACAUAAAUCAUCAGUAUGCCAUAUCAUUAAACGUGUCUCAUCCGCUCUUUGCACGUUACGACCUAUGUACGUUUCGUUACCAACAGAAGAAGAAUGUAUGAUAAUUCAACAAGGUUUUUAUCGAAUUGCAGCAUUUCCUCGGGUCCUGUUGGCAUUAGAUUGUACACACGUAAAAAUACAAUCGCCUGGUGGUGCACAAGCUGAACAAUUCAGGAAUCGGAAAGGAAAUAUUGUCGCACGGUGGCCGGGUGCAACACAUGACAGCACAAUAUUUAAUAAUUCCAUGCUGAAAGCAGUGUUUGAAGAUGGGAUGGGUAAUCAUUUGAUAUUAGGUGACAGUGGAUACCCACUUAUUAAGUAUUUGAUAACACCAUUGUUAAAUCCUACUACACCAGGUGAAAAUAGGUUCAAUGAAGCACAAAUACGAACAAGGAAUGUCAUUGAAAGGGCGUUUGGUGUGUGGAAGCGUAGAUUUCCAGUACUUGCAUUAGGGUUACGCUUGCAGUUACCCACCGUACAAGACAUUAUAAUGGCAACCGCAAUACUACACAAUAUAGCAAUCCCGUUCACCUCCUACUUCAAUCCCUAA